AUGUGGUGUCCCGGAGUUGAGCAAGAGCAUCUUGGAGAUAGUCCCUGGUGCCUAUGGAGUGGCCAAAAAGGCCUUGCACUUUCUGCCUGCCUGCGCGUCGGAGAGCAUGGAGCGGGUAGUGGAGGCGGCGCGAGCCGAGCUGGAAGGAGCCCCCGCGUCAGAGCGUCGCUCAACCGGGGGCAGCGGGGCUUGGGUCGCCGUGGUGAUCUGUGCCGGGUGGAACUGCAACGAGGUGGAGAAUUUGCAGGAGGCAUUUGUCGUGAAGCAGCUCUGCGAGACGCAGACGUGGAGCGAGUUCUUUGGGCCUGCUCGGCUCACUCUAGCAAGAAGCGGGCAUGGGCCAAGACGGCACAGGCCUUGGACUUGGCGCCGCCGAAGUUGUUCCAGACGAACCGGGAGGACCACCCACAAGCUGCAGCCAAUAAGGCACAGUUCGCCCAAGGGUUGGAAAGACAUUUUGUGGGAGACGCAGAGUGCGUCAAAGACAUCAAGAGCCUGGGCGGGUCUGCGCUCCUCGCGCGCUAUGAGAGCUUUCAGCAACCUGCCCAUAGGGCGGACCUGUGGCGGUAUAUUCGCUUGUGGAAAGAGGGUGGAAGUUACUUGGACAUCAAGAUGGCGUUGCUGCAGCCGUGGAGCACAACCCUGCAAGAGAUUUAUGCGGAGGGAGAGAGAUGCUUGGAGGGACAGCGCCUCGCGCAGUCCUCGGGCCAGCGCGUCGCGCCGCCCACGGAGGUGCGAGAUUUGUCACAAGUCCCGCACCUCCUCCUCACCAUCGGACAAAACCGCAAACAUAUCUUCCAGGGGAACAUUUGGCACGCGUGA